AUGUUUGGGACUCUUGCCUCCGGCGAAACCGAAACUGCCAGAUUGAGGCGUAAUUUGGGGAUUACGUGCAAUUUAGGGUUUUCCUGCGCCGGAUUUGAGGACUUUGGUAUGAGAUUGGAAGGUGAAAACAUGGUGGUGCCACACGGAGGUGGUGACGAGGAAGAAGGAGGAGAAGGCCGAGUGGUGAACGAAACGCUGCCGUUUCAAGUCCAACAGCCGUUUCAGCAGAUGCAGAGACUCGUUGUUGGGUAUGCUCUGACUUCUAAGAAGAAGAAGAGUUUCUUGCAGCCCAAGCUUGAAGUCCUGGCUAGGAGAAAAGGCAUUUGCUUUGUCCCUAUUGAUUCGAACCGUCCACUUUCUGAACAAGGACCAUUUGAUGUCGUUUUGCAUAAGUUGCUCGGGAAAGAGUGGCAAGAUGUUAUUGAGGAUUACCAGCAAAAACACCCCGAAGUGACUGUGCUUGAUCCUCCAGGCGCAAUACAGCGUAUAUAUAACCGACAAUCGAUGCUUCAGGGUAUGGCAGAUUUGAAGCUGUCAGAUUGCAGUGGCAGCAUUUUUGUUCCAAAACAAAUGGUUGUCUUGAAAGAUGCAGCAUCUAGUGCCAACAAAGUUGUGGAAGCUGGUCUUAAAUUUCCACUAGUUGCAAAGCCACUCUGGAUAGACGGAACUGCAAAGUCGCACCAAUUGUCCUUAGCUUAUGACAGGCGCUCGCUUGCAGAUCUUGAACCGCCUUUAGUCCUUCAAGAGUUUGUUAAUCAUGGUGGAGUUUUGUUCAAGAUUUUUGUGGUUGGUGAUGUUAUAAAAGUUGUGAGACGAUUCUCUCUACCAAAUGUGAACAACUGUGAAAAAUCCAAAGUUGAUGGCGUCUUCCAAUUCCCAAGGGUUUCGUCUGCUGCUGCUUCAGCGGAUAACGCAGAUUUGGACCCUAGUGUUGCUGAGCUACCUCCAAAGCCUUUCCUCGAGGCUCUUGUCAAAGAGCUUAGAAGCUUAUUGGGACUCCGACUUUUCAACAUCGACAUGAUCAGAGAACAUGGGAGCAAAAACGUGUUUUAUGUUAUUGACAUCAAUUAUUUCCCUGGUUACGGGAAGAUGCCAGAUUACGAGCAAGUGUUUGUGGACUUCUUCCAAAAUCUGGGGCAAGUUCAAAAUAACAAGAUACAUUGUAAAUGA